AUGAAUGGCUCUGGACCUUGUUUGCUCAAUAGCUCCACGGCUCCCCGUGGUCCCCAUGUUAUUGAUGCUCUCGGCACCUUUGUUGGCAACGGCUCACGGAGAUCAGCAGCUCCACCCAGCCCGCUGGCCAAUGCCACCACCAUCAACGCGGCCAACGUCAACCCGUCCAACUCGGGCCUCAACCAGCCGCCGCAGGUCAUGUCUCUCAACGAGCUGCUUGAAGUGCACAACGAUCCGCAGCUCGACGCGCGACUGCCUCCCGAGAACCCCAACCGGCCCGUGAUCCGCCACCAGCGCGAGAUUCUGUACGGCAAGUGGAACAUUGGCCCGUCACGGGCCGACAGACUGGCAGCCAAGAUUCGCAACAAGUUUGGCCCCACGGCACGCAAACGACGCAAGGCCAUCAGAGAAGACGAGAAGAAAAAGGCCCUUGAAGAACAGCCGCCAAAAUACAUGCUCACGGACUUCCACCAUCAGCUGGUGCAGGAGAUGCGAGUAGUGAUUGAGAACCAGGAGGCGGUUUUGGAGCAGCUCACGAACCUGUUGUAUCAAAAGGACGCCGAAAUCGAGAAGAUGCAUUACGACAUGAUGUUGGUCUCCACUCCGCCAAAUGGGACCCUCGCUAGUAUUCGGGAGGAGCCCGUGAGGCGGUUUGGCGGAGGUUGUCGUGAGUAG